GAUCUGUGCCUCGCACGUGCGCAGUGCGGUAGGGAGCUGGGCGCGGGGUGACGGUGGCGGCCAUGUCGCUGCAGGAGGACCCGGUGCAGCGCGAGAUCCACCAGGACUGGGCCAACCGCGAGUACAUCGAAGUGAUCACUAGCUCCAUCAAGAAGAUCGCGGACUUCCUCAAUUCCUUCGACAUGUCCUGCCGCUCCCGGCUCGCCACCCUCAACGAGAAGCUGACAGCGCUGGAGCGACGGAUCGAGUACAUCGAGGCCAGGGUAACAAAGGGCGAAACUCUUACCUAACUUCUGAAGGCUGGUGGGGAGUUGACGGGGAGAAGAUUGUGCGGCUGUGCCAGAGUUGACCGUCAGGCUUUGAUUUCUUCAUUACUUCUUAUUGAUGACAGGACUUCAGCUUGUUUCUGCCUCCUGGCAUGCAGUAUCUCUGCCUUCAGUGCAUGGCUCCACAGGAAAUUGAUAAAAUGCAAAUGAGCAUGUUGAAUUCAGUGAUUUUGUACAAACAGAUUCAUGCAGCUGUCAAAUACUCCUGUGCCACUUAACCUCUCUCUCAUUCCCAGCUGUGCAUGUAGAACUCCUACAUUUUGCAGCUGCAGAAUCUCUCUGACCAAAGGUCUCUUUGUGGAAAGAAAACUACUCUUGGGAGCUGACCGGCUGAGGAAGUGGGUGUCCCUGCUGUUUGUGGGACACUCCUCUGGUGGUUUCAGUUCCUUUAGCAAACACUGCAACUUGUAUCUCUUAGCAAAAAUGUCAAGUAUAUCCAUCCUUCCAGUCUGUGAGCAGAGCAGUAGAUGUGCACUGUGUGUUUGGAAGGGGAAUAGGUCAUGUGCCAAGAUAAACUCUCCAGGCAGGGUGGGCUUCAGAGUUUUCUGUGUCUUUUGUAUUCUGUAGUGUCACAAGGGUGGUAUCUUUCAUUUGUGUUUUAACAAUAAACUGCCUCUGCUGAUGGGUCUGAGCUGA